UUUCAUCCUGUUGUAUUAUCAAUGUUAUAUGAUGACCCAUCAUCAGUCACUCAUUCCUCUCAUGUCAACCUCUGUAAUCACAGGAGCUGAAGGAGACAGAGGAGCUCGACAUUCAACUGAAGGUGUUUAAUGAAAAUAAGGAGGAGGAUUCCAUCGAACUGUCUCACCGACUGGAUGACAUCCGCGCAGAAAUGGAUGAUAUGGGUGAAGUGUACCAUCUCCUGUCCAACAUGGUGAAAGAUACAGGCUCAGAACCUUACUUCCUGUCCAUCCUCCAGCACCUGCUGCUCAUCCGGAAUGAUUAUUAUAUCAGGCCUCAGUAUUACAAGGUGAUCGAGGAGUGUGUGUCCCAGAUCGUCCUCCACCGCAAUGGGAUGGACCCUGAUUUCGCCUACAGGGAGCGACUAGAGGUGGACUUCAGCCUUCUCGUCGAUCAGUGUGUGGAUAAAGCCAAAGUGGAAGAGAGCGAGCAGAGAGCGGCUGAAUUCUCCAAAAAGUUCGACGAGGAGUUCAGCGCACGGCAGGAAGCGCAGGCUGAGCUGCAGAAGCAGGAGGAGAAAAUCAAAGAGCUCGAGUCUCAGAUCAACACCCUGCAGGCCCAGUUGAUUAGUGAGAGAGACAAGCUAAGGGAGGCAGAAAAAAGCAUCAGCGAAAGAAACAGCAAGGUUGCAGCAGGACCUGGAGCAGCCGGUGCUGUUCCUCCAGCACCGCCACCACCAGGAGGAAUUGCACCUCCGCCUCCUCCACCACCUCCUCCUUGUCCUGCAUCUCUAGGACCUCCACCUCCUCCACCACCUCCACCCGGCUGUGGGCCGCCACCACCGCCUCCACCUCCUGGAGGAGGCCCUCCCCCACCACCUGGUAUGCCUUUGGCUCCUCCUCCGCUCGUUGCACAGCUGCCUUACGGGCUGGUGCCCAAGAAGACCUACAAACCUGACAGCGUCAUGAAGAGGGUGAACUGGUCCAAGAUAGUGCCUCAGGAGAUGGCGGAAAAUUGCUUUUGGCUCAAAGUCAAAGAAGAGCGGUUUGAGAGCCCGGACAUGUUCAGCCAGCUUUCACUGUCCUUCUCUUCUAAAUCCAGAGUAAGGACAACCUGCUUUGCCUCUCCCAAUAAUCACAUAGGCACACGUCGUUUUCAGCUACCCUGA